AUGCUCGGCACCGACCUAGCGUUGGGAAGCACACCUGUCGCUACCGACGACCUUUGCUGCCAUUUCAGCGGUCGCCGCUCUGGAUGCUGCCAUCGAUCAGUCAAGCCAGACAAACGUCAGCGAGAAUCUAUGGAGGGCCUGUCUUCACGGGAGCUUCUGGAGAUGUUGCUUACGCAGUUGUCGAGGCGCGCAGCUUGUGCUGGGCUGGCUUUCGAAUCCUUCGGGAUCCAGCAGGAGCUUCACCAAGCGCUUGCCAAUAGCACGCGCGAGGAUGCGAGCCUCAAGCCUGCACAGCAACGGAACUUGCUGAAGCUGGUGUCGCGGAUGAGUUGGUGCCAAUUCUUGCAAUUUGCGAAAACUAACUGCAACGGCGACCCUUCCUUCCUCGACAGUUUCCAGAGGCGAGUGGCGAGCCUCCGGCACGGCGUCAUUCCGGACGAACAGACCCGAAUGCAGCAACAAUGCUGCAUUUCUGAGCCGUUCUGGCUAAGCUCACGCAAGGCCGAGAAAGGCCAACACAGGCUGACGAAUGCCGAAGUGCCGAAACGCCAAAACACAGGCAGAAACAUCGUCAACCAGCGCGACGAUUGCGGGACGCGAGAGCAUUUCGGACAUAGCACGCUUGCAAUCAGUGCAAGCAACGGCGGGAAGUCCGAGUACAAGUCUGAGAGCGGCUUGUCGAGAGCCAGGAUCGGGGGAACCGGUGCGAGCUUGGCAGACGGGAGGGUACUGGACAAGGGAUGCCACAGGCUGCUUGGCGGCAUGCCAGAGGACGGUAACAUGACUGAGCUUUGCACUGCUGAACUCAUUUUGGACAUGCUGGUGGCUUGUGCGUCUUCACGGGAGCUUCUGGAGAUGUUGCUUACGCAGUUGUCGAGGCGCGCAGCUUGUGCUGGGCUGGCUUUCGAGUCCUUCGGGAUCCAGCAGGAGCUUCACCAAGCGCUUGCCAAUAGCACGCGCGAGGAUGCGAGCCUCAAGCCUGCACAGCAACGGAACUUGCUGAAGCUGGUGUCGCGGAUGAGUUGGUGCCAAUUCUUGCAAUUUGCGAAAACUAACUGCAACAGCGACCCUUCCUUCCUCGACAGUUUCCAGAGGCGAGUGGCGAGCCUCCGGCACGGCGUCAUUCCGGACGAACAGACCCGUGGCCCCUCUUUUUGGCUCUGA